GUUUUACCUGGCGAGAUGAUUAUACACAGCAUGUUAUCGGUCAGGAACUCUCAACCAUUCACAAAAUCCACAACAGACACCCUGAUAUAUUUGCAUCUGAAGGAUCUGACGCAGGAAGGAAUUUGGGACAGAAUGCAGAUAGUGAAAGAAAUUACGAUCUGGAAAAUGAUGUAGACUUGGCCAAGUCUCUUCAGCAAUAUCUUAAAUAUCUUGGUAUUCUCUCCCAGUCUGCAGCUACAAAUUUGUAUCCCAGGAAGAUGGAUGGAGCUUCUGAACAUGGUAGCCUGGCAGAGGUAAAGCUGCCUCAGGUCUGUGUCUCUCCACGUCUAGCCAGUCGCCAGGUAGAGCAGGUACUGCCUAUAGGCACCAUGGGACCCAUGGUCCGACUCCUGUUAUUGGCACUUACAUACACACCACAAACACAGAACAGAGCUUCUUACCCGGAAGAACAGUUAGAAAUGGAGUUCAUUGAGAAGACAGGACAGACUGGUGAUCAGACACAAGGCAUGAGCUACAUCUAUAAUGAUCCUAUCAGGUACUACCUGAUGCAAAAACCCAAAGAAAGAGCGCCUCCUUUGGCCCAUACAUCAACAUCCCAUCAGCAGCGUGCUGACAAUCUCCGUGAGAGGACCUUGAACCAGCCUCAGCCAGACAAGUUCUCACCGGAGUCAGAAAUGAGACUCGACCAAAAAACUCUGAUGGCUGCACUGCAUACGUACAUCACUCAGAACUUGUCAGCACAAAGCAGUGAUAAAAGCUCUCACAGCAGGACUAAAGGGUCUCACGUUUAUGCUGAUAGAUUCUACCCUUCCCAAGUCAGUCCUUUUGAUGGAACUUCUGCCAAAGGAAAAGAGGAAGAUAUUAAAAUGAAGAAGCUGUUCCAGCCAAGACCUGCGUCUGGAGUGCUGGGGCCGACCCCUGAGAUUUUGAAUCAUAAGUCUGCUUCCCAGGAUGAUCCAAAGGACACUCUGAGUAUCGUGGAUGAAACACUUAUUAAAGAUGUGUUGAAGGACCUAGAGAAACACCAAGUGAAUGUGGAGAACCUCAGCUCAACAGAACUGAAUGAGAUCGCUGAUACUAUUGCCAAUGCGCUUCAAACCAUUGGCAUUCAGGAAGAAACAGAAGAGGGUGCUGGAAAAACUAAAGACAACAAAACAGAAGCACAAAUGAAGAAAGGAAAUGCUCGAGCAAGGGCAGAGGUUCAGACUGGUUUAAUGGAAAACAGUGUUAAUAUAUCAGACAAUGGAGUGCGUGAAGCCAGUGCAAGAACUGAUAAAGAGGAGAACAGUGCAAAACUAGUUACCUUCUUGAAGGAGAACGCAUUACCUGAAAAUAUACCUGAAGACCUUAUACAUGAAGAAUCUAUUAAGACAGAAAGCAAGAAAUCUGAAGACACUGACUCUUCUUCCUCAGAAGAAAUAAACGCUGGUGUGGAAAAUGUAAAAAGUGAGACUUUCUCAAGGGAAUUGACAGCUGCAAAGAACAGCGAAUCUGACUCCAAAGACCUGAGCAAGACCCGCUACUGGAUUAAGAAUGCUUUAAUGCAGGAUGGACACCUCUAUGAAAAGCCUCAGAAAAAUACAGGACAAGGCUUACAACUUGAAGUGAAAUCUUCUGAGGAGAAAGAAUACGGCUAUAUUGUGACAGUGAAAGACCCCCUGAGUGUGGAAAAGGGCUUGGAGUUAAUAAAGGAAGUGGCAGAUCUCCUAAAGCUGCAGAUGAGUGCCUUCGAUGAUGUCAA